GUUUGAGGCGGUGCACCAUGGCCGGUUUCGUGCUGAAGAAUCGCAGGACGACUCUGGAAAGAGCCGAGAAGUUCAUCUCCGCCGAAUAUUUCACCGACAUCAACCUGCGGGGCCGGCUGUUUGGUGCUUGCUGUCCCGUUGAAUCACUUUCCUAUUUUCUGACACCCUCACGCAUCCCGUAUGAAAAUGCUUUGAUUCAAGAAUUCAUUCCUGCAAAGGUUGGAGAUUCCUUCGGACCAACAUGGUGGACGUCCUGGUUCAGGGUGACACUGACCAUUCCGAAGGCUUGGAAAGGUGAAGAGGUGCACUUUGUGUGGGAGAGUGACGGAGAAGCAUUGUUGUGGAGAAAUGGCAUUCCAGUACAGGGACUGACCAAAGAAGGGGAGAAGAUCAGCUAUGUCCUGACGGAGAAACUCACAGAUGAAGAACCUCACAGCUUGGAGCUGUAUGUGGAGCUGGCAUGCAAUGGAUUGUUUGGAGCAGGGCAGGGCUCGAUGAUUUCAGCCCCGGAUCCGAACCGCAAUUUCACUCUCUACAAGGCUGAGCUGGUUGUCUUCAACAGAGACGUUCAUGAGCUGCUGAUCGACUUUGAGGUCCUCUCUGACAUUGCAAAGCACCUUGGCAUUGAAAAUCAGCGUAGCUAUCAAGCAUUGUACACUGCCAAUAAGAUGGUGAAUGCCUGUGAUGUGGAAGACAGGAGCACAUUUGCAGAAGUUCACAGAUUGGCCAGUGAUUUUCUUCAGCAAGAGAAUGGCAAGAGUCAGCAUACAGUGCAUGCAAUGGGACACUGCCACAUUGAUACAGCUUGGCUGUGGCCUUACGAGGAGACUAUUCGAAAAUGUGCUCGGAGCUGGGUAUCUGUACUUCGCCUCAUGGAGAAAAACCCAAGCUUUAUCUUUACUUGCUCACAGGCACAGCAGUUGGAGUGGGUAAAGAGCUGGUACCCAGGUUUAUACACACAAAUCCAGGAGUUCGCUGAGAAGGGGCAGUUUGUCAUAGUGGGAGGUACCUGGGUGGAAAUGGAUGGAAAUCUCCCUUCUGGUGAAUCCAUGGUGCGACAAUUCCUCCAGGGUCAAAGGUUCUUCCAGCAAGAGUUUGGGAAGCAAUGCUGUGAGUUCUGGUUGCCAGAUACAUUUGGAUACUCUGCUCAGCUGCCACAGAUUAUGCAGGGAUGUGGUAUUACGCGUUUUCUCACUCAAAAGCUCAGCUGGAACCUGGUGAAUCAAUUCCCGCACCACACAUUCUUUUGGGAAGGAAUUGAUGGCUCCAGGGUUCUGACCCAUUUUCCACCUGGCAACUCCUACGAAAUGAAAUGCAAGGUAGAGGAACUGCUGAAUACAGUUAAAAAUAAUAAAGACAAAGGUCGUGUCAAUGACAGUGCCUUCCUGUUUGGGUUUGGAGAUGGUGGCGGUGGACCCACACAAGACAUGUUGGAUCGACUACAGAGAGUUCAAAACACAGAUGGGCUUCCCAGGGUGAAACAAUCCAGCCCAGAAACAUUCUUCUCAAUUUUAGAAGCUGACACCACAAUGCUUUGUACCUGGGUUGGAGAACUAUUUUUGGAAUUACACAAUGGCUCCUAUACUUCCCAGGCAAAGAUUAAGAAAGGCAAUCGCAAAUGUGAAUGUAUUCUUCAUAGUGUUGAAGUUGUGAGCAGCCUGGCAUCCGUACAGAAGGGUACCUUCGAAUAUCCGAGUUCCCAAUUGCAGCAUCUGUGGAGACUGCUGCUCCUUAAUCAGUUCCAUGAUGUGCUGCCGGGCACAUGUAUUCAGCCUGUAGUGGAGGAUGCAGUAAAGUUCUAUGAAGAAAUCCAGAGCAAUGGGAAUGAACUCCUGAAAGAGGCGAUACAGUGUCUCCUGGGAGGAUCUGAACAGGAGACUGGAAAGAACAUCCAUGUGCUCAACACCCUGUCAUGGGAACGGACUGAAGUAAUCUCAAUGCCACGACUGGAAGGAGACGAAGUCCUGGCUCUGAUAAAGGCUCCCAGUGUAGGGUUUGCCACAGUGACCAAGCCUCUGGUCCCACCUCAUCCAGUUAUUGUCAAUUCUCAGGGAGAUGGUUCUGUACUUAUGGAGAAUGGAAUUCUCAAAGUCGCAUUUGAUUCAUUGGGCCGUAUAACAUCGCUUUCUCAUUUACUUUACAAAAGGGAGACUAUUCCUGACGGCUGCUGUGGGAACCAGUUUGUGUUGUUUGAUGAUGUUCCUUUAUACUGGGAUGCAUGGGAUGUCAUGGAUUAUCAUUUAGAAACAAGGAAACCUGUGUCACAAGUUGUGAAAUCCCUGGAGGUAGUCUGCCCUGGCGGAGUCAGGGGAAGUGUAAGAUACUCUAUCCGUAUCAGUGACAGCAGCAAGAUCCGCCAAGAGAUCAUACUGGAUGCUUGCUGUCCCUAUGUUAAGUUCAAAACAGAGGUGGAAUGGCAUGAAGCACACAAGUUUCUGAAAGUGGAGUUUCCCACAACAGUGCACAGUCUCAAUGCCACCUAUGAAAUCCAGUUUGGACACCUGCAGCGACCGACACACAGGAACACUUCAUGGGAUUGGGCGCGCUUUGAGGUCUGGGGACACAAGUGGGCUGAUCUAUCGGAGCAUGGCUUCGGUGUAGCACUACUCAAUGACUGCAAGUAUGGAUACUCAGUGCAUCGCAACAUAAUGACACUAUCCCUCUUGCGAGCUCCCAAAGCACCAGAUGCCACGGCUGAUAUGGACCAUCAUCAGUUCACUUAUGCCAUCAUGCCCCAUGCAGGUUCUUUCCAAGAGGCCAAUGUGAUUCAGUUUGCUUACAACAUUAACUACCCAUUACAUAUUGUGCCUGCUGAACCCAGUGUCAGUGCUUCCAGUUUCUGGAGUGCUUUCUCCAUCCAGUCUCCCGCUGUCGUUCUGGAAACUAUUAAACAGGCAGAAGACAGACAGAAUGCUUUGGUAGCUCGGCUGUAUGAGUCACAUGGCAGCACCGUGGUCACAUGGUUGCAUACUUCACUGCCCGUUAAACAAGCAAUCUGGUGUGAUCUCCUGGAACAACCCAUGACAACCAAGCCUCUCUCCAUCACUGACUUUCAGAUCCAGCUUUCCUUCACUCCAUUCCAGAUCCGUUCCCUACUGCUCACCUUCUGAGCUAUCCUUGUCAAAACUGGGCCUCGUACAUGAUUGCUAUUAAUAAGUUUCUUUUUAAAUUAUCAUUGAAAUAGUUCCUAAAUACAACACAAUCAAGCAUA